UCAGAUUUACACCAACCAAGUCUAGUAUAACAGUGAUAGAAAAUGAAAGUAGAACUGUAACCUGUUCAGCUGACUGUAAUCCACUGUGUAAUAUCAUCUGGUACAAAGGUUCAGCUAUAAUAUCAUCUACUGAACUUCUCUCACUGAACAAUAUCAAGAGACAACAAGCUGGUAAUUACACCUGUCAGGCUCAACACAACAAUAUCACCAACAGCAAGCAGACUAAAGUAUUACAGAUAACAGUUAAUUAUGGACCAGAGAAUAUCAGAUUUACACCAACUAGUUCUAGUAUAACGGUGAUAGAAAAUGAAAGUAAAACUGUAACCUGUUCAGGUGACUGUAAUCCAUCACCGUGUAAUAUCAGGUGGUAUAACGGUUCAACUACAAUAUCAUCUACUGCACUUCUCUCACUGAACAACAGACAACAAGCUGGUAAUUACACCUGUCAGGCUACAAAUACAGAGAUACAUGGUUCUCAAUCUAAACAACUGAUGGUUAUAGUACAUUAUCCACCGACCAUCAAAAGUUUAACAUCAGAUGCUAACAACAACAUGAUAGAUGAAGAUUCUACUGUAACCUUCACCUGUUCUGUUGACAAUCUUCCAUCUUCAGUAAUAUCCUGGUCUAGAUCACAACAAGGGGGACAACUCUAUUCUGGUAGUCAAUAUACCAUACCUAAAGCUAGUUGUCAACAUACAGAUAACUAUACCUGUACUGCUAGUAAUAAUAUUGGUCAACCUGUAUCUAACACUAUUCCACUCUAUGUUAGAUCUUAUCCACUACCUGUAUAUACCUGGUAUUAUCAACUACAGGAUGGCAGUGAAAGGCUAAUUACCAGUUUCAGAAGCAACCAAAAAGAUGAUGGUCUAUCAUCAACAUUAACUAUACAAGAUGUUACAGAAGAUGAUGAUGGCAAAUACAUAGUUUAUGUUAAUAAUAGUCUUGGUACCAGAUCGACUCUAUUUAACCUGGCUGUAUCGUCACAAGAUGGUGGGGGCAUGUUUUGUAAUGAUGUCGUUAUUUCCAGAGAACGGGCUGUUGGUGCUGCGAUUUGCCUGGCCAUCUGUCUUCUUGUUUUGGGUGUUGCCACCGUUUCAUUCUGGUGCAUCAUGAAGAAACGUGGACAGAGAAUUUGCUUUAUAAAUAUAAAAGCAGAUCAAACGGUGGUUAAUGAUACAACCAGUCGUACAGACAACGUUACCUUGUCUGAUAUACCACCAGUUACCUUGUCUCAUAUACCACCAACAGUUUAUGACCGAGUUGAUGCAACAAAUACUAGAGAUAUCGUUAACCUUGAAUAUAUCAACCCAUCUACAACAUCAUCGCCAUAUGAGGAACUGGAUAAACAAACUAUGGAUCAACAACCCAGUACAUAUCAACAACUCAGUCCUUAUCAAAAUAUAUCAGGAGAUUAAAACUGAAGUGAAAAUAUGACCACGUGGGUACUAAAUAAACUUCGUCUAUAAAAGUAAAUGUUAUCUGAUUUAAAAAAAAAAACUGUUUUAAUAUAUCACCUUUAUACACUAAUGAUGGUUGAUUUCAAAUCUCGUGAAAAUCGGACCAAACUGCUUGACAAAAUGGCUGCUAUUUGUACGCAAAUAUUUUAAAAUUCUGUAAGGUUGUGGACCAUCUAGAAGUUACAGUUUUUAUCCGAUCUUGAUGAAACUUGAAAUGUAUGUUUAUAUCCAAA